UGGUUUUGCCCAAGUUGACGGAAAUUAUCCGACGUGGCAACAUACGCUUCCUCUAGUAUUGGAUUUAAAGCGGGAAAGACACAUUCGGUGAAGGACUAACUUGGAAAGCUCACAACUACUGGCAAAACACCUCUGUACUGCUUUUUCAUUCAUAUUUUGUAGUUCUUCAAAAAAAAUGUGUGUGGAUAAUUCUUCGUUUUUAUUCAACGUGAGUUGAGCUGAGCAGCCGACCGCCGAAGCUGUCUCUCCAACGAGACAGUGACUCACACCGUCAGACUGUAUUCAAAGUUAGUUAAAUUCACUGGGACAACAAACUUCCUGUGGCAUGUUGACUCGACAGGGAAGUGAAACAAAAACGUUUAUUUUUCUCAAUGAAAGAAAAUAAGAUGAAGCCAAAGCGCAUCCAGAAGCACACAGGAUCCCUUUUACAAGGAAGAGUCCUUAGUACUGGAGGGGAAAAGGCAAAGCUUAGCCAAGUCAAACCUUUUGCUGGAAAAGUGUUUUACCUUGAUCUGCCAACAAACAGAACAGCAGAGAAAUUAGAAGGAGACAUCAAGGAACUCGGAGGGAUGGUGGAGAAGUUCUUCAGUAAAGAAAUCAAAUAUCUGGUAUCUAACAAAAGGGAGGCGAGAUAUGUGCAUUGCCUCAGACAGGACACUCCAGUCCCCAGCCCGGACUCUGGACCGAGUUCACCUCACCCUCAUUCAAACAUGCACCGGCCUGACAGCCAUGGGGACAUAAUCAAAAGCAAGUCUCAGGGCCAAACGGAAGCUCUUGUUACAAGUCGGGGCAAGUCUUUGGUGGAGAAAGUGGUGAAAGAGCAGGAGAGGGUGAAAAUGAACAAGAUCCUGUCAAAUGCUUUGGAGUGGGGUGUGAAAAUCCUUUAUUUAGACGAUAUAUUGGCGUAUGUUCAUAAGAAAAUCAAGACCCCUGGUAUCCACCAUCCUGCUACCACUGCUGUUAAAACAAGUACCAAAGCUAAGUCGGCAGCAAAACCCAGCUCACAGAAAGUCAGAGGAGGGCGGAUCAAUAAACCGUUCAUCAAGGUUGAGGACUCCAGCAGACACUACCGUCCAAUCUACCUCACAAUGCCAAAUGUGCCUGAGUUCUCCCUGAAGACUCUUCCUCCCUGUAGUCCCUUCUGUGUGGAGGACAAGGACCCUCCUGUGAACAAACAGCAAGGACACAGUGAAGAGAGAGUGCAAGCCCGAAAGAAGAACAGAGACAAGAAGCGAGGCGGCUACUGCGAGUGCUGUUUGAUGAAAUACGAGAACCUCACAACGCAUCUACAAAGUGAGCGCCACAAAGCUUUCUCAAGGAGUGACCAGUAUUCAGUUGUGGACAGACUGGUUUCAACCUUUCCCUGCAACUUAAUUCACUUAAGAACUCAAGUGAAAAGGCCAAAGUGCAGUGUCUCCUCUGUACUGGUUGCUCCUCGAACAUAUGGGAGAACUGAGCGGAGGCAUCAGGGAGGACUGGAUACUGCAGAGACUAUUAAGGAUGAGCAGCAUCUGAAUGUUGAUGAAAGAAAGGGAUAUAAUUUAGGACACACUUCGAAACUUGGAACAGUCCCUCCUCUGAUAUGCAGAGAGAGGGACAGGAGGAGUUAUUACUCUCCUGCAGACAAAUCAAAGCACAAACCCCUUGGACGUAAACAGCUGUGCAGACAGAACUCAUUGACUUCUUGUGUUGAAAAAGCGGGGCAGGUUCAGAUUUCUCUGUCUGAUAUGGAAACGGCUCCUCCUAGAGGUGAAACCCUUGCAUCUACUCCCUCUGGAGUUCAUCAGUCUGACCUAAUGCACAGAAUAAUAAGUCAAGACAUGAAGGAUUCACCCUCAGAGCUCAACGUUACUCAUGGAGAGGACAAAGCUUCCUCAAAAAGCCCUCAUGUAAAAACAAAUCAACAAAAGGAGGCUGAGGAGAAGCAGGACUCCUCUGUGUGUUGUGCUGUUCCAAUCAAAGUAAACGAGGACAACUCGGCAAAAGAAGAAACAAACCCUCCCGCGCCAAACUCUCCUCCAGUUCGAAAAGUUCUAAGGAAGGUUAAAGUUUACAAACGCAAAAGGCGGAAAGUGGACACUCCCACUGAACAUGAGAAGCCACGUGACAGUCCCGAAGGCUCCCUGCGGAAACUCUGGGAACUUUUUGAAUCCAGUGACGACAUGGACGUGGAGUUUCAGGGGUUCUAGGACUAGAAAGGGGAAAACAAACAAAAGGAAUUGACUGAACUACUGUUGCAUUUUCUUUUACAAGAACCAUACUGCUUUCUCAGCCAUGGGCUCUUCAUUGUACAAGAUCAUUUUUUUCUUUAGACACAAGACAUGAUAUUGUGCUCUUUAAGGUAUUAACAUCUUAAUUAUAUCUAACUGAAAGACUUUUUAGAACAUUGUCCUCCAUUAAAGCUCACGGUUUCUGCACCAGUCUGAAUACUGGCAGCUCAGUCAGUGGCAUCAUAAGGGAACCAAGCAGCCGUGGUCAUGAUGUUUUACUGUCAUCUGAAAAAGGGAGCUUAAUCUUCCUGACAUGGAAACCUUAUUGUAUAUGCACAUGAAAUACAUAUCGUGGUUGAAUAUGUAUGCUAAUGUGAAAGACCUGCAGGUUUGAUGUUUGGUACUUGACAUUAUAUAUGACAUUUUAGGAUUCCUCCUAAGUGCACUUUUCAUUACCUGCCUUUUGUGCUUUUUCUGAUGCAUUAGCUCAGCUUCUCCCGUGUCUCCCUGUAUUUAGUGCAUUAGCACGCUGCCCUUGUUUCCCUCGUAGCUCUCAAAUGGAUGUACUGGGUCAAAUGGAGUCUUUGUGUCAGUGGCAUUAAGAAAAAAAAUCCAAGCAACAAAGUGUUCCAUGCACAAGAACAAGAGUACUACAAAUAAAAGGAUGAGGCAAAGCAGAAUGCAGACAUUAUUGUAUUUUUUUUUGCUCCUCUUAUAAAUAUUUCCUGACACCA